AGAGGUUUAUAAAAAAGAUUUUAAAAUGGCCUCAAAAAUUUGGAAAGAAAUUUGUCAAUAAUUAAAAUACUAUUUUGUGCUCCCAAUAUGUCGAAAUCUAAGAAAGAGUCCAAAAGUGGUGAAUACCACAAGAUAUAUAGACUCGCUCAUCAGACGUUAGCAGUCACUGGAAUCAACUUCGAGACCAAGUCGAUCAUUGGUUACUGUGAGUUGACGAUACAUCCACUUCGUCCGGAUGUGAAAAGAAUCAAGAUCAACUGUAAACAGAGUCGUGUCUAUAGGAUCUCUGUAAAUGAUUAUCCCUGUGAGGUGUUUCUCUAUAAUGAUCCAACUUUAGAAAUCUGCCAAGGUGACUCAAAGCAGAGGAACCUUGAUUUCUUUGAGACUGCACAUGCAUCUGCCAUCAGUGCAGUCGACCCUGACAAGGGCAAUGGCGAGAUUACCGUCAGGAUGCCUAAUGAACUUGGUCAGUGGAUAGCAGAACUAAAACCAUUGCGGAUGACGAUUGAGUUCUCCCUUGAGGAACCCCAAGGAGGUAUUCAGUUUGUUGUGCCAGAUGUGGAAGGGACACUUGCGGAGAGGAGUGCUCAUCUCUUUACUUACGGAUAUGAAAACUCAUCUAGACUUUGGUUCCCCUGUCUUGACACUUUUUCCGAGCCCUGCACCUGGAAGCUUGAGUUCACUGUGGACAAUGACAUGACGGCCGUGUCUUGUGGUGAUCUUAUAGAGACCAUCUACACACCAGACAUGAGGAGGAAGACCUAUCAUUACUUCCUAUCCAUUCCGACAGCUGCACCCAAUAUUGCCCUCGCCGUUGGGCCAUUUGAGACACUGGUUGAUGCCAACAUGCAUGAGGUAACCCACUUCUGCCUACCCCAUCUCAUGCCCAUCCUGAGACACUCCACAUCCUUUCUCCAUGAAGCGUUUGAGUUCUACGAGGAGUUGUUAUCCAUGAGAUAUCCAUACUCUUGCUACAAGCAGGUGUUUGUCGACCAGUGUUAUCAGGACUCCUUGCCUUACGCCAGUAUGACCAUCUUCAGUACAAACCUUCUUCACUCGCCUAAAAUCAUUGACCAGACUAUGAAGUCAAGGAUGAUCAUGGCUGAUGCCAUCGCCAGGCAGUUCUUUGGGAACUUUAUUGCCAUGCAGUCGUGGUGCUCAGCGUGGCUCCCCAAGGGCAUAUCAGGCUAUCUCUCCAAGCUCUAUGUCAAGAACGCAUUCGGGAACAACGAGUACAGAUACAGCAUUGCCAGGAUGCUGAGAGAGGUACAGGGCUAUGAACAGAAUGUCUGUGCCGUUGUCCUUGACCCGACAUCAUGUAAGGAGAGCAACACAUACUUCCCCAUCAAGAACGCUCAUACCGUCUCACCCAAGUAUGCUGAGAUUCUCACCAAGAAGGCCAUCCUUGUUAUACGCAUGCUGGAGCUCAGGAUUGGCCGCGAGCUACUUCUUCAGGUGUUCAACAAGCUGUUAGCUCUCGCGAAUGCAGCAUCUCAACAAAAGUAUGCCAGCAACACUUGGAACAACAUGCUCCUCUCCACACCAUCUUUCCUGAAGAUCAUAUCAUUAGUGACGGGAAAAGAUGUGAUGCCAUUCAUCCAACAGUGGGUAACACAAAGUGGCUGUGCCAGGUUCUUGGGGAACUUUGUCUUCAACCGUAAGAGGAAUGUGGUGGAGCUUGAACUGAAGCAGGACAUGAUGGCCAAGGGGGCCAUGAAAUAUGUGGGCCCACUCACAGUGACCAUACAAGAGUUGGACGGCUCAUUCAAUCACAUGUUUAAGAUCGAGGAGAACAAGACCAAGUUUGAGAUCACUUGCCAUUCGAAGAGCAGACGGAACAAGAAGAAGAAGAUUCCCUUGAUGACUGGUGAAGAAGUGGACAUGGACCUCAGUGCUAUGGAUGCUGACUCACCUGUUCUGUGGCUACGAUGUGACCCCGAGAUGGAGAUCCUCCGAUCGGUCUCCUGGGAGCAGCCUGACUAUAUGUGGCAGUAUCAGCUCAGAUAUGAGAGGGACGUGGUCGCUCAGAGUGAGGCCAUUGAGGCAUUGAUACGGUACCCCACACCAACCACCAGAAUGGCUCUGACUGACAACAUUGAGAAUGAACAGUGUUUCUACAAGAUACGUAAUGAGGCGGCGAUCUGUUUGUCUCAGGUUGCCAACUCAAUGGUGUCCAGUUGGGCCGGACCUCCUGCGAUGAUGACCAUCUUUAGGAAGAUGUUUGGAUCUCAUUCUUGCUCAACGAUAGUCAAACAAAACAACUUCACAAAUUUCCAGCAUUAUUUUCUUCAGAAGACCAUUCCACUGGCCAUGUCUCGGCUGCGGGACACUCACGGCAUCUGUCCACCUGAUGUGGUCAACUUCCUUCUUGAACUCUUCAAGUACAAUGAUAACAGCAAGAACAAGUAUUCUGAUAACUACUACAGAUCAGCUCUUCUAGAUGCCCUCGCUUCAACACUCACACCGUCUGUCAGUGUGGCUGGACUCCCAGGGCAAGGCCCAUCAGUUGACCACCUGACUGUUGAGACCAAGGCAAUUCUGGAUGAGAUAGUUAGAAACAUGAAUCUAGAGAAGUUGAUGCCCUGUUACCGUCUCAAUGUCACUGUGAGCUGUCUGAACGCCAUACGCAAGAUGCAGAAGUUAGGUCAUCUCCCAAGUGAUAACACGCUCUUCAGGAGUUAUGGCAUGCCGGGAAACUUCACUGAUGUGCGCAUCACGGCUCUUAGGGCGCUUGUUGACUUUGCAAAAGUUGAGAUGAGUUCAUUUGUGUUGUCAUGGUUACUUGAUAUUGUUGAGGAAGAUCCAGAGCCAUACAUGAGGCAUGUGGUGCUUCGUCUGCUUGCUGAGAACCCACCGUUCACCAAGCAGGAUGAUACUAUGAGCCCUCUCAACACAGAUGAUCUCGUUGAAAGGUUAUGGAAACUAAUGAACAGUGGUUGUUCCCAUGACAGCAGGCUCCGCUGUGAUGUCGCUGAUCUCUAUCACACACUCUACGGCCGCAAUCGACACUCUGUGGCCAUUUCCGAGACAGUGAUACCCUUCAUCAAGGAGAAACAGCGUAACCUGUCUCUCUGGAGCUCUGCCACCCGCCAGCCCAACCCCCCCAGUCUAUUCCGAUACACCAAGUCGACGGGUAUAUCUCAGAGUCCGCCAACUGUCCAGUCCAGCUCACCACUGGCUAUGCCUUCCACAUCAACAUCAUUAGAUGAAGAUUUCCACCAAAACAUAAAGGAUGAAUUCCCUGAAGGCAUGCAGGUGACGGUAGAGGAUGUCAAGGUGGAGGUGACCACAACAGAAGUGGAGAUUCCAUUUGUGAGUGAUGCACCAACCACUGAGAAGUCUGAGCUUGACAUGAUGAAUCAGAGAGAUAGUGAAGAGCCCGCAGUCAUCACAUCUAGUUCUCUGCCUGAAUUCAAGAGGGAGCUACUGAGCCCUGUCAAAGAGUCCGGAUACGAAAAUGCAUUUCUUAAAUUUGUUGGGGUGAGCCAUGAAGAAGAAGUUUCCCAAGCAAAACCAGCCAUACCUCAUCCUGCUGUCUGCCAGGUGUCUCUCAUGUCAAGCCAGUUAGAAGACAGCGUGUCGAGGCUGAGUGAGGAGUCAGCAUCUAGUUCAGCACCAACACCACAGGGCUCAGGAACCGAAUCUCGACCAACAUCCUUUGAUCCCUCCAUGUUUGCAUCUGGAUCAACAAUGUCUGACACCACAACCAAGUCAGAUGAACACAAGAAGUCACACAAGAACAAGAAGAAGAAGAAAAAGAACAAACACAAGCAUAAACACAAACACAAACACGAUCAUAGUGAGCGAGAGAAGUCAUGGGAACCUCCUCCAGAGAAACAAUCGAAGCCGUCAUUUGACUCAAUGGAAUUAGGACAUUUUGGUGGUGCUAAAUCAGACUCUGGGCCAAGUUCUCCUGAAUUUGGGGUCAUGUAAUAUGACCUUGUGUUGGGAUUAUAGACAAACAGAUAGAUGUUAGAGGAAGGCAUCAGUUGGAUUUUCAGUCAGACCAUGUGACUGCAUACUCCGCUCUGUCCUACAUGUAAUAAGCCCUGAUUAAAGGAUAGUAAAGGAUUACUUCAGCAUUGUGUGCUUUGUCAUUUGAACUGCCCCACAGAUGUUGACUUUUAUAAGGGAUCAAUCUUGGCCACAAUGAAGGAUGGAUCAUUUCCCCAAGUUGUUGGUUGAGACAGCAGUUUCUCUGCUGUGUCUACAAGUAAAUUGAAGAGACCGACCGCCAUAUCAUAACCCAUAACGACUGGGGUGAACUUGGUAUCUACAGAGCGGGGCAAAUUCAAAAUGAAAAGAGAAUCAUGUCCAUUUAUGUUUUCGUUGUGUAUAUAUUGUAUUCAUAUUAAAGCUUUAGCGAUUGCUACUGAUUGAAACAUUCAA